UUACAAGUAGCCUAAUAUAGGCUACCUAUAGAGGCCUAGCCCAUAUAACCGACGAACGAUUCACAUUUCUCUAUUAGGCAAUUACAAAUAUUUAUUUGGGCUACUGACUGAGAUUCGUCUGGACUAGGGGACGCUGGGGUGCUGAGGUGUCGUACCGUACCUGGCAGGUGAGACGGGAUUGAAAUAAGCAGGGCAAGAAAAGUAGACUUACCUGUAGCCCUGGUUUUUGGCUCGCUCACUCUGCUCAGCCUUAGUCUACUCUAUUACCUGCACCGACUUGAAAGUCCAGUUUCACAAGGAAGAAUCGUGGAGGAAGCAAAAUAUGUCACAGGAGACAGACAGUAAGCGGCUGGUGGUGGUCGUGCCCAAUGAGACCUCAUUCCAUCCGCGCCGGGCCUACACCAGCGAGGAUGAGGCAUGGAGGUCGUACCUGGAGAACCCCCUGACAGCAGCCACCAAAGCCAUGAUGAGCAUCAAUGGUGAUGAGGACAGUGCAGCAGCUUUGGGUCUGCUUUAUGACUACUACAAGGUUCCCAAGGACAAAAGGGUUUUACCCAUCCCCAAAGUGGUUGAAAUUUCAGAGGAGCAGGAAAAGAGGAACAGUUUGGUGGGUUGUGGCAGCCAAGGUGAGGUAGAGACGGUGGACAACCGGGUUCAGGUGCUGAAGUCAGUGCCGGUGAACCUGUCGCUCAACCCUGAGCAUCCCGACUCCAAACGGGACCAGUGUGGCACAGAGAGCGCUGAGGCAGCUGCUGUUACCGUGGUGAAGGCUGAGGUCUACACGCCGGUGUUCAUGGGGGCCGGGGCGGUGCACUACCGUCCGGAGGGGGAGGAGCACACGCGGGUGGUGUACGAGCAGAGCCACAGCUACGACGCCGUGACGCUCAGCCAUGGCGCCUACGGCAAAGACGAGCAGCGCAGCUCACCUGACAGCACCUAUGAGGAGGACAACAACGGGAAAUACCGGUCUUCGUCUUUGGGAGCUGAUGGUUUUGUGUUUGAGCAGUCAGAUGUGGGUAGUGACACUUUUCAGUACACCCUUGAGGCUACCAGGUCACUGCGUCAGAAACAGGGAGAUGGGCCCAUGACAUACCUGAACAAAGGCCAGUUUUAUGCUGUGACCCUGAAUGAAACAGGAGCCAAUAAGCGACUGAGACAUCCCAUCAGCAAAGUCAGGAGUGUGAUUAUGGUGGUGUUCAGUGAGGAUAAGAACCGUGAUGAGCAGCUGAAAUACUGGAAGUACUGGCACUCCCGCCAACACACAGCCAAACAGCGGGUCCUUGAUAUCGCUGACUAUAAAGAGAGCUUCAACACCAUUGGAAACAUUGAGGAAAUUGCCUACAAUGCCGUAUCUUUCACUUGGGAUGUGAAUGAAGAAGCCAAGAUCUUCAUCACAGUGAACUGUCUCAGCACUGACUUCUCCUCACAGAAAGGAGUGAAAGGUCUUCCUCUCAUGAUCCAGAUCGACACCUACAGCUACAACAACCGCAGCAACAAGCCCCUGCAUCGCGCCUACUGCCAGAUCAAGGUCUUCUGUGACAAGGGAGCUGAGCGAAAGAUCCGAGAUGAGGAGAGGAAACAGAACCGCAAGAAGGCCAAAGGCAAAGAUGGGAGCAUGGGGGUAAUUGCCCUCCCCAAGAAGUCCGACACAACAUUCUUCAAAACAAUGAUAGACCUGGAUGCCCAGCCAGUCCUUUUCAUCCCAGAUGUGCACUUUGGUAAUCUGCAGAGGGCAGGACAGGUGUUCACCUUCAAUACAGAAGAAAUGGAGAGGGAGGGUGUGAUUGGCCUUUACUCCUGUGAUGGUGACAGGAGUGUCUUGGUGAAGCGAAUGUUCCGGCCACCUGAGGAAGACUUCUGCCCCACGCCCCACAAACAGCUCAAAGAAGAGACACAGAAGAAAAUUCUGCUGUACGUGAGGAAAGAGGCUGAUGAAGUGUUUGAUGCCCUGAUGCUUAAGUCUCCCACACUGAAGGGGCUGAUGGAUGCUAUUUCAGAAAAAUACGGAGUGCCCAUUGAAAGAAUAGCAAAGAUCUACAAGAAAAGCAAAAAAGGGAUCCUGGUGAACAUGGAUGACAAUAUCAUUGAGCACUAUUCCAAUGAGGAUACCUUCAUCCUGAACAUUGAGGGUUAUGCAGACGGAUAUAAAAUCACUUUGACGGAGAUCUGACAUGGCUCCAUGUUCAGACUAUGAGGACUGCCACAUUUCAAUCAGUCACACUCAAAGGUUCAAAAGUUAGACCAAUCUCAUCCCCAACAGGAGAGCAGAUAGAGAACCAGGGGGCACUGAUGGAUCUGCAAAAGAGUGCAUCCUCUCCAAACUACUGUCAUGCUCUGUAAAUCCCUUCCAUGGACCCAGGAAGUUGUUUCUGUGGACCUAUUUAAUGCUCUGGACAUUUGCGGAGUUGAUCCAAACAGGAUUCACUCAAGCAGUGUAUUUAUAUUGGGCCAUGCAGUCCUUUUAAGUAACCCACCUUAACAGUGACUGCGAUGCUAUGAAUUCACCUGUUACCUGAAAAUUGAACACAACUCAAGAUGCUUCUGUUGGUGUUCAUAGCAUGUUCUUUCUUUGAAGCUAAAUGAGGUUCAUUAACUUUUGCCUUUCUGUUGUACAGGCUCUGUGAAGACAGCUUGCUAGUAUUCGCAACACGUAUCAAAAAGCCUGAAUUCUUCAUAAGGACCUAACAUACAGAGUACAUGUAUUUGCUUAGAAUAGUGUGCUAGUUUUAGACCCACCAAGAAUAAGUUUGGAUUCUUUUUUUGAAUUCAUUCAAAAUGGCAUUUUUAUUACAGAGUCACUGGUCUUAAAUAUGUUUAUUAUGGUGUGGUCUGUUUGCGUGUGUGGCCAUUGAAUAUGUAUUGAGUCAUUGUUAAAAAUAUAUUUUGUUAAUUAACCAUGUACAGAUGUGUUGUUUUUUAGUAUAUGUAUAGUGGAGUGCAUAAUAACAGGUAUAGUUCAAAGUACUCAAAGAGAUGGUGCUUCAGUAGUCCCAAUCUAUUCAAAUAGAACCCUAGAAAUGCACUCCUGUUUUGUGUCCUUUUAUUUCAUAGCUUUUCAGUUGGUCACAAAACUUUCACAGGAUUCGUUCACUGGCUCAAAAUCAGUGCUGUGAUAUUCUCACCCCGGAUACUAAUUAAUGGUUAUGCUAUUAUCUUUCCAUUUUAUUUAACGUGAAAUUUUUUUUUAUGCAUCUGUUUGGAUGACGCGAGCCUUGUAUUCAACUGCCAAGGCGGAACUGAGCUAGUAAAGCAGUGCCAUCUGCCAUGUUCUGAUUGGUGAACACUCUCUAGACUUCACUCUAUCAUGCACCAUUACAUAGGUCUGUCAUGUCCUGUGUGUGGAAUAUGUCUGCCAAACUGCUGGGCCAAAGUAGAGAGUAGUAGGGCACUUGUUACAGUACUAUUACUUGUUUUAAUAAAUGUUGUCUGUGAUGUAAAUAGCAACUUCUGGAGAUUGUAUAAACCCAUGUUGUGUUCAUUGUUACUAUGUGUUUUUUAAAAGAAGCAUAGCCUAUAUGAAAAUAAAUAUGAGGCAGAAAAAAACUCAAA